AUGAGUUGGAGCUUCCUCACCCGGCUGCUGGAGGAGAUCCACAACCACUCCACCUUUGUGGGGAAGCUGUGGCUGACGGUGCUGAUCGUCUUCCGCAUCGUGCUGACCGCCGUGGGCGGCGAGUCCAUCUACUACGACGAGCAGAGCAAGUUCGUCUGCAACUCGGGCCAGCCGGGCUGCGAGAACGUCUGCUACGACUCCUUCGCACCACUCUCGCACGUGCGCUUCUGGGUCUUCCAGAUCAUCCUGGUGGCCACGCCCUCGCUCAUGUACCUGGGCUACGCCGUCAACAAGAUCACCCGCAUGGAGCAGGGGAAGUCGGGCGGGGGCGGCGCCGGCGGCCUGAGCCAGCGGAAGCCGCGCAAGAUGUUCUUCGGCCGGCGGCAGCACCGGGGGAUCGAGGAGGCGGAGGACGACCAGGAGGAGGACCCCAUGAUCUACGAGGUGCCCGAGAUGGAGAGCCGCAGCGAGGCCACGCCGCAGGGGAAGCCCAAGGCGCGGCACGACGGGCGGCAGCGCAUCCGCGAGGACGGGCUGAUGCGCAUCUACGUGCUGCAGCUGCUGGCGCGCACGCUGCUGGAGGUGGGCUUCCUGGCGGGCCAGUACGCCCUGUAUGGCUUCGCCGUGCCGCCCGUCUUCGUGUGCUCGGGCAAGCCCUGCCCGCACAGCGUGGACUGCUUCGUGUCUCGGCCCACGGAGAAGACCAUCUUCCUGCGCAUCAUGUACGGCGUGACAGUGCUCUGCCUGGCGCUCAACGUGUGGGAGAUGCUGCACCUGGGCGUGGGCACCAUCUGCGACAUCCUGCGCAGCCGCCGCUGCCCGCCCGAGGAGGACGACUACCAACUGGGCUCCCUGGGGCCCGGGGCGGGCGGCAGGGCGCCGGGGGUGCCGGUGGGCGAGGCCGGGGACGGGCCGGGGUAUGGCAGCUACCCCUUCUCCUGGAGCGCCCCCUCGGCCCCGCCGGGCUACAACAUUGUGGUGAAGCCGGAGCAGAUCCAGUUCACGGACCUGAGCAACGCCAAGAUCGCCUGCAAGCAGAACCGGGCCAACAUCGCCCAGGAGGAGCAGCAGCAGUUCGGCAGCAACGAGGACAAUUUCCCCACAGCGGACGCACGUGGCGCCCUGCAGAAGGAGAUCCGGCAAGCCCAGGACCGGCUGGAGGCCGCCAUCCAGGCCUAUAGCCACCAGCAUCCGAACAGCAACAACCACAGCAACAUCAGCCAGCCGCACCAUGACCGCAAGCACCGCUCCGGCUCCAAGCACGGGGCCAACAAGUGCAGCGGGGGCAGCAGCAGCAACAGCAGCAGCAAGUCCGUGGAGGGCAAGCCUUCUGUGUGGAUCUAAUAGCCAUGCCCACCACCUCUCCCACAGGGCCCACUGCCCUCAC